GCAUUUAACCUUGCGCCGGGUUGGCCGAAAGCUUUUCGCGAAUAGCUAUUGGGAUUUUGCAAGCUGCGCAGCUGCUUAUUGUUUAGCAAAUUGAAUUUUGGGACAUUUUAUUAAAAACAAAAAUAAAAUAAAAACAAAAUGUUGAAGCAAGUAACAAAACAAUUGGCACUGCAAGGCGUGCGCAACUUUUCGGUCAGCCAACAGAACAACUACAAGGUGACCGUAUGUGGCGCUUCCGGCGGCAUUGGCCAGCCGCUGUCGCUGUUGCUCAAGCAGAAUCCCUUGGUUACGGAUCUGGCUCUGUAUGAUAUCGUGCAUACGCCCGGAGUGGCCGCCGAUUUGUCUCACAUCGAUACCCAGAGCAAGACUGUGGGUUUCAUGGGCGCCGAUCAAAUGGGCGAUUCGCUUAAGGGAUCCGAUGUUGUUGUCAUCCCCGCUGGCGUUCCCCGCAAGCCCGGCAUGACUCGCGAUGAUCUCUUCAAUGUGAAUGCCGGCAUCAUUAGGGAUAUUUCCAAGUCAAUUGCCAAGAACUGCCCCAAGGCACUUGUGGCCAUCAUCACGAAUCCCGUUAACACCUGUGUGCCCAUUGCUGCCGAGAUUCUGAAGAAGGCCGGCGUGUAUGAUCCCAAGCGUCUGUUUGGUGUCUCCACUUUGGAUGUGGUUCGUGCUCGCGCCUUUAUUGGCCACUCCCUUGGCGUUGAUCCCCAGAGCGUGCAGAUUCCCGUGAUUGGCGGCCACUCCGGCGUCACCAUUCUGCCAGUGCUGUCGCAGAGCCAGCCUCAGUUCAAAGGCAACCAGGAUGCUAUUGAGAAGCUGACCGUACGCAUUCAGGAGGCCGGCACUGAGGUGGUUAAGGCCAAGGCUGGAGCUGGAUCUGCCACCUUAUCGAUGGCCUAUGCUGGCGCUCGUUUUGCUGGCUCUCUGCUUAAGGGUCUGAAUGGCGAUAAGAACGUCAUCGAGUGCUCAUACGUGCAGUCCAACAUUACGGAGGCAACGUUCUUCUCCACGCCGCUGGUGCUGGGCAAGACUGGCCUGCAGGAGAACCUGGGACUGCCCAAGCUCAACGACUACGAGAAGAAGCUGCUGGAGGCCGCCAUUCCCGAGCUGAAGAAGAACAUCCAGAAGGGCAUUGACUUUGCCAAUGCUUAAGCUAAAUGAAUUCUGAAUGUGAUCACAGCUAUUUACUAGCCACAGUCUGUCAAUCAACCCCUUAAAAGUUUCCAUCAUUAGUUAUCAUUUAGUUUUUUACAUGCAUUGGUUAUUUACUUAGCAAAUUCGAUCGUUUUAAGUUGAAAAGUGUGAAACAUUCGUAAGUCCAAAGAUUAAACAGCCAAGCGCUACAUUUACCAUUGAAAA